CGGGUUCACGUGGACGUUGGACAUGGAUCAUUCUCGGUCGUGAUUGGUCACACGAUGGUGUUCACGUGAAGCUGUCGUGAGCGCGCGCGUGUCUGCAGGAGAAGGCGCGCCAGCUUCACGGACUCCCGCCAGGUGUGCAGCUGCUGAAGCGACGUCGACGCUGCUCCGACUUGCCUGACGAAGGUGGCGGAGGAAGACAGCUGUGAUGCUCGAAGCUGGCGCGGAAUCGGACCCGUGAACUCCAGCCAAACUCCAUUCUGCAAGUACGUACCUAUGGUCCAAUGGGGAGUGUAGGUGCUGGGGCCACGCCCCCUUUAGCUUCUCAAACGAAUCUCAUAUUAAACGAUCGGCAGUCACGUGACCCCGACUGCCUUGAUUUUGCAUUUUAUUCUGUCAUGUAUGGCUAGAUCACAGUCUUGGUUGAGUUGAUCUUGAAUCCCUGUCUUUCUUAUGCUUGGAAAUGGGGUCCUUGUUGGUGUGGCGCCAUCCAGAAGUGAAGGAGCAGAGUCAGCUGACCCUAGACUCAACUGGGCCACUGCAGGUGCUGCUUUUUUCCCCCAACCAAACAAGCAGCUCCAGACAGCUGGUCCCAGUCGAGGCCACACUGCCCGACAUGCCGGUGGAGGAUGUCUACAGUACCACAGAGUCAUGUGAUUCUGGAGAAAACGCUCAGCACCCCCAUGGGGCCCACGCUGGGAGAAUAAAGAAGACCGUGACAUUUGCAGACCACAGAGGACUGUCUCUCACACGGGUCAAACUGUUCUCCCAGUUCAACGACCCCAUCCGCAUUCCCACCUCGGUGCUGCAGAGCUUUGAACCACCGCAACCGACCGACGACAAGCUGGUCCUGGACUUCAACCAGCCGGCGGCGGACUACCUGCAUUUCCGGCAGAGUCUGGAGCAGAACUGUGUGAGUCUGGAGCACUGCGUCUUGAAGGAUCACACUCUGGCAGGAACUGUCAAGGUCCGAAAUCUGUCGUUUGAGAAGUCAGUGAAGCUGCGCAUCACGUUCGACUCUUGGAAGAGUCACAGCGACGUGGCGUGCACGUACGUAAAGGACUCCUACCCGUCAUCCUACUGCGACACCUUCUCUUUCACGCUGCUUCUGCCUCGCUACCUGAAGCCCAACGCUUGCGUGGAGUUUGCCGUCUUCUACCUCGUCGGUGAUGAUGAAUUCUGGGACAGUAACCGCGGACGGAAUUACCGCAUCCUCUGGGCCUCCAUGAAGGGGAGGGGCCAGGACCACAACCCAGACUUUGGCAUCCACUUCGACAGCUUUGGCAGCCCCACGUGUUCCCAUGGGAUUUUCCCAGACUGGCCCAGCUACGCCGGCUACGAGCACCAGGGGCCUUACUAUUGAGGACGGCAGCAUCUGUCCACACCUGCGCCACUGCCUAGACCCUCAGGGUUUUUUUUAACUAGUUUCAGGAAAAUCUAUUUUAGAUAGACUACGUAAAUAUUUACCAGCAUUUUAGGUCACAUGUCGUCCGGGUCUCACUUUCAUGUGUUUUGUAUAAAAAAAUGAUCAAUAAAGUGCUUGACUUCAUCCAGUAGUCUGUCGACCUCAGCAGGACCAUGAGGAGGGGACAGACAGGGCUGAACCAGGAACA